AUGAUUUUAAUGGAUACUAAACCAACAUUGUCAGAAACAGAAGAAGGUGAGAUAGUGGAUGAUUCUGGAACUUUUGAUAGUGAAGAGGAGGACAAAAGCAAAAAAAAUAAUAAGGAAGUUACCAAUGGACUAGCCGCUUCUUCAGGUCCAGGCCAACGUUCACCUGAGAGUCAAACUACCGAAGAUUUAGAAAAAGAACGUAGACACAGUGCCGGAAGUCGUGAAGGUGAUUCUGCGGUUGAAGCUAAUAAAAGCGUCCACAGUGAAAGGGAUCGCAAGCAUAGAGAAGAUCGCAAACAUCGACACACUUCUAGUAAACAUACACAUAGUCAUCGUCAUCAUCACGAACGCGAUCGCAAUCACCAUAACCAUCAUAGUCGUCGUGAUUCCGAAAGAAAAAAUGGACAAGAAGAAGGAGAAAAACAUAGGAAGGACGGUUUAGGUAACAACUUAAACUCGACCGACCAUAUGGUCGUCGAUGACGACGAAACUCGUAGCGAUGUAUCCGCGAAUCGUAUUGAACCUUCUGCUGCAUCUUCCCGUAAAUCUAAACGCAGUAGAGAAGAAUUUUCUUCUGACGAUGAUAAAUACCAUCACUCAUCUUCUCGUCGUCGUCAUUCUCCUUCCCGUCACCGUUCUUCUCCUCAUCAUAGUGAACGACGCCACAGCGUAAACCAACGAAACAAAGAUCCUCGAAAUCGUUAUGACGAUCGAGAUCAUCGCUACGUACAUAACAGAGGUUAUGAAAGAGAAGGCGGCUUUAAUAAAGAAAGGGACGAUGGAUACGGUGUUGAUCGUGGUUACGAAAAGGAAAGAAGUCAGAGAGAUUCAAAUAGAAGAAAUGGUGAGGAUAAGAAUUUUUCUAGAAGGAUAAUUGAAUAUGAAUUAGAUAAUUCCGUUCCUACUGGAACCAAUACCAUAAAUGUCAGGAAUCAAAAUAUCAGAUUCCAAUUUGAAAAUGAUAAAAAAAUUACAGAAGAAACCUCGGAGAUUAUUCUGGAACGUAUGGAUGAAGAAGAUAAAUUAAUCGAGGAAAGACGUAAACGUCGUAAUGCAAUUUUAGAAAAAUAUAAAAAUAAAAACAAUGAAAUUCAUUCAUCCACUAAUACUUCUUCGGCACCGAUAGCAAUGGAAAUAAUUGAACAAAAGUCAGAGCUAAUAGAAAACUUUUCAUCGGAAACACCAACAAUAAUUACACCCUUUAGUCCAACAACGCUUUCUCCGAAUUCAUUCUCUCUAACAAAAGUUGUAGCAUCUAUUGAAGAUUUCGUACCUGGAGAACCUGGAUUCUCUGCAGCAGAUUAUGAUCCAACCAAAGAUCGUAUUGCUGAUGAUGAAAGACAAUUGCAUCAUAAAUCUGCUAAAGAUUUAGAACUUCUUAAAACCAAAGAUGCUCAAGAACCUAUUAUUCAACGUGAUGUAAAUGAUGAGUUUGACAUGUUUGCAGAUGAUGAUAUAUUUGCUCCUUCACCAGAAACGAAAAAAUCUGCCAAAUCUUUAUCAGCUAUGAAAAACGUACCGGUUGUUGUGCACGAACAUGCUACUGGUCUUGUGGAUAAUUAUGAUGACGCUGAAGGAUAUUAUCGAGUUUUAUUGGGAGAAAUACUUGACAGUCGUUAUCAUGUAUAUAGUCACCUUGGUAAAGGGGUUUUUAGUUCCGUUGUUAAAGCGAAAGAUACCAAAGAAGAAGAGGAUGUAGCCAUAAAAAUUAUAAGAAAUAAUGAAACUAUACAUUUUGAACAUAAAGGACAUUUAUGUUUGGUAUUCGAAUCAUUAAGUAUGAAUUUACGUGAGGUAUUGAAAAAAUUUGGUAAGGAUGUUGGCAUAAACAUAAAAGCAGUUCGUAUAUAUGCUCAACAACUCUUUUUGUCCUUAUCACUAUUGACAAAAUGCAAUGUAUUGCAUGCCGACAUUAAACCCGAUAAUAUAUUGGUAAGUGAAUCCAAGAACACCCUAAAGAUGUGUGAUCUUGGUUCUGCAUCUGAUGCUUCAGAAAAUGAUAUUACUCCUUAUUUAGUCAGUAGAUUUUAUCGAGCUCCUGAAAUCAUUCUUGGGUUACCUUACGACUUUGCACUAGAUAUGUGGUCGGUGGGGUGUACUCUUUAUGAACUUUAUACGGGUAAAAUUCUCUUUCCAGGUAGAAGUAACAAUCAAAUGUUGAAACUUAUGAUGGAACUUAAAGGCAAGUUUUCCAACAAAACCCUUCGCAAAGGGCAAUUCACAAAACAACAUUUUGAUGAUGAUUUUAAUUUCUUAUAUCAUGAAAUGGAUCGUAUAAGUAAUAAGGAGGUUAUUAAAUCUAUGGUAAUUACCAAACCCGCUCGUGAUCUGAAAACACGCCUCCUUUCAAAAACUUCGAAUAUGAAUGAAGAAGAAUUGCGACUUCUAACAAGCUUUGUUGAUUUGUUGGAUAAGUGUUUAAGUUUAAAUCCUGAAAAACGGUUAACAGUGAGAGAGGCACUAAUGCAUCCAUUUGUAACCGGUAAAUCAUAA